AAUCUAGUAACAAUCUAGUACAUCAACUAGAGAUGGGAAAAAUUUAAUUCAUAUUCAAGAAUCGAAUCUUACAAUUCCGAUCAAUUAGAUGACUGUGAGUUAAAUAUAGCUUCGUCGCUAAAAUCCAGGUGGUCACCCAUCCGAGAGCCUACAACGACGGGCGUAAUUGACCGCAACACCAGUGCCCCAUUCAGUGACUGUCGAUUACGUCCAACCUCUACGCGACACUAGGUUCCAAAGUUUUUGUUUUUAUUUCAAUUUAAAAGUUAUUUAGGUUUUGCUUAUCUUAUUAAUGCGAUUAAUAUCGUCGAUAACGCAUUCGGGUUUGGAGUAAGUUAUUAACUUGGUUAGUGAUAUUUAAUGUUGGUUGUACUGAAUCGUCAAAUCUAGAAAUAGUAGACGCGAGUACGCGACUCGAUCUAUGUUCCGUAACUGAACUUCACUACUUACAGUACUUAGUUAACUUAGUACUUAGAACUUCAGUUCAUUUUAAAAAGUCGACCACUGAUAAAUUUGAAUUCUGUGCUGACUACCUCAUAUUGUCAUAUAACAUAUUCUACACAACCCUAGACCCUCAGUAUCAACAACUCAACGUUAAAUAUUUGAAGUUAAUCAUUCAUAGCAAAAAUGGAGUAUGAAAAAAUGCUGACAAAGGGCGCAUUGAAGUCCAUUAUGAACAAUGAAAAUAUUAAAGAUCCAAUCAUGCAAGUUCUUGGUGUAAGGAAAAUUACUGCUGCAGGAGCAAAUGAAAGAUAUCGCUUACUUAUUUCUGAUGGUUAUAAUUUAAAUUCUUUUGCUAUGUUGGCUACUCAAUUGAAUGGUAUGGUUUCUUCCGGAGAGAUUAAUGAAUUUUCCAUCUUACAGAUAAAACGUCAUAUUAUUAGUAAUUUAACCGACCGUUCUAAAGGAAGUAAACAAGUCAUGAUCCUUAUAGAUUUGGCUGUUAUAGUAUCCGGUGAUCUUGUAGGUUCAAAAAUUGGUGAUCCUAAACCAAUAAUUGAUAAUUCUGGUCAAGUAGUUGAAAAUGGUACUUCUGCUUCAGUUGACUCUACGCCCCAGUCUAAUGCUUUGCCAACACCUCAUUCUGUCCAUUCUAGUGUUAUAGAUAAUGGUCUUCAAAGAGAUAUUGAUGUUAGCAAUAUUCAUCCUAUUAAUUCUUUAAGCCCAUAUCAAAAUAAAUGGACAAUCAGAGCUAGAGUUGUGAACAAAGCUUCAAUUCGUACUUGGAACAAUCAAAGAGGUGAAGGUAAACUUUUUAGUAUGGAUCUACUUGAUGAAAGUGGUGAGAUACGUGCAACUGCCUUUAAUAGUGAAUGUGACAAAUUUUUUGAUAUGGUUGAAGUAAACAAAGUAUAUUUUAUUACUCGCGGUGCAAUUAAAACAGCAAAUAAAAAGUUUUCAAAUUUAAAUAAUGAUUAUGAACUUACACUUUCUAGUGAAACACAAAUUUUCCCAUGUCAUGAUUUUGAUGAUUCUAAAAUGCCCGCUCUAAAAUUUAAUUUUGUUCAAUUGAGUCAAGUGAAAGAUGUUGAUGUUGAUGGUAUAAUAGAUGUUAUAGGAGUUUGUCAAACUGCUGGAGAAUUGAUUAAGUUAAUAUCAAAGACUACAAGAAAGGAAUUAAAAAAAAGAGAUGUGACUAUUGUCGACCAGUCUUUAAGUUCAAUGACUAUUACAUUGUGGGAUACUCAGGCAGAAGAUUUUGAUGGAUCAUUGCAACCUAUAAUUGCUAUAAAAGGAAGUAGAAUUAGAGAAUUCAUGGGUAGUAAAUCAUUGUCACUUUUAGGAUCAACUGUAAUGCAAAUAAAUCCUGACAUAGAAGAAGCACACCGCUUAAGGGGUUGGUAUGAUUCACUUCCUUCAAAUGUUGAAUUCAAUAGUAUUUCUACCCGUUCUGAUGCUAUAGCAAAUUCUCAGUUUCUUACUAUUAAAGGAGCACAACUUGCCCAACUUGGAAGUGGAGAUAAAGCUGAUUAUUAUAGUAUGUACUCGUAUUUGAUUUUUGUGAAAUCUGAAUCUGCUCUAUAUAAAGCAUGCCCAAAACCAGAUUGUCAAAAAAAAGUUAUUGAUCGAAAUGAUGGAACAUACCGUUGUGAAAAGUGUAAUGAUGAAACUGAAAAUUUUAAAUAUAGAUUGAUGCUCUUAGCACAAUUGAGUGACUCGACUGGAAACCAGUGGGUAACUAUGUUCCAAGAAACAGCUGAAAAUCUAUUGGGCACUACUAGUGCAGAAUUAGGAAGAUUGCUAGAAGAGUCUAAGGAAGAAUAUAGUGAUGUUUUUCAAAGACAAAUGUUUAAAUUAUUUGAAAUUAGAGCUAGAGCAAAAAUGGAGACAUAUAACAAUGAGACAAGGUUAAAAGUAUCUUUAGUCAAUAUAAAAACAAUUGAUUAUAAGGUAGCUUCUACAAAAUUAAUAGCUGAUAUUAAAAGGUUGAGUGGAAUUUCAACAUCAGUAAUGUAAAAACUAAUAACUUUUAUACUUUUGUUUAUAGUUUUUUACUUAGAUACUUUUAAGUUUAAGUUUAAUAUAAUAAAUAUUAUAUAACUUUUUUUACAUUUUUAUGCUUUUAUUGUUUAAAUAAGUAAAGUAAAUAGCACUAAAUUUAUGAAAUUAUUUACGAAUUAAUUUUAACAGAAACAGUUUAGAAUAUGAAUAAUAUACUACUUUUAUAAAAUAUGUUUAUAAGUGUAUUUUAAUAUUGUAUCAUUAUAUGAUUGUAUAAUAGGUAAUUUAUAAUGACCUUUUAAAAAAAUCAUUUAAAAAUUGAUAAAAAUAUUACCCAGAUUUCAAUUAAGUAUAAUAAAAUGCUAAAAAACAAACACUAAAUCCAUAAAAGUACAAAAGAUGCGAAAUAAAAACUUUAUAUUUGAACCCAUAGUCCAUAGAUGACCAAAUUACAUUUUGUGAUGCUUGAAAAGCUAUAUUCUGUGAAUCUUAAAAAAAAUACAUAAUCCUAUACUAUCUUAGCCCUAGCUAUGACAUACCUAAAAACUUUAUUAAAUCAUUUAUCCUUCCAAAAACUUAAAUUAGAAUAAAACAAUAUAAUAGUAACUAAAUUUCUGCACAGUAAAGGCCUUUCAAUGACAUAGAUAGGAUGUAAAAAAAAAAUAAAUAAAAAAGCUGUAUUUAGAUAUAUAAACUAAGGAAUAAAAUAUACACUUUACCAAAUUAAGCAAAUUUUUCAUUUUUUUUUGAAACUUAUUUAUAUGAACUAUAUAAGUACAAUGGUGCAAUUAGAAUUUGUCGGUCGGACUUAGUUCUAAAGUUAUGGGCCUGGAAAUUGGGUAGCAAUUUAAUAUAAGUAUUUAUAAGUAACUGCCUUUGCCUACUGUCUCCAGUCGUAUAACUCGAAGUUCUCUGAACUCCGGACCUGGUAAGUAACAACAACCUUGAACCUAAGACGUAUAAUUGUACAAAUAAAUAAUAUUCAAUAGUCAUUAAUUAACGUAAGUUUCAAGAAAAAAAUGAUGGAAGAUGUGAUAAACGUAGCGUUGCGUUCAUGCAUAAAAGACGCAAAAUUGCUAACUUCCAAAGGCCAUAACUAAGACCUAACUUUGAAACUAAGUCCGAAUUCAGAAUGCACUAUUGUUCUAUUAACUUAAUUAGUUAAUAAUUAAUAUAAGUAGGUAAGUUAAAAAAAAAAAAAUAGUAAAUUUGCAUGGUGUGGUAAAGUGCAUUUUAACCUAAAUUAUUAACUAUGACAACAUUGUAUUAUUACUUUUUAGUUUUUAUUUAAUAAAAUAAAUCAAAAUGUAUUUUUAAGUAAGUAGAUAAUUAUUAUUAUUUUGAUCAUUUAUAUUUUAUAGUUGCAGCGUUAGACCAAAUAAAUAUUUUGUACAAUACAA